UAUCGGUCAAGCUAGCGCACUACAACUUGGCACAAGAAAGUUGUAGCAUUUUAAUAUGCCGACCUCUAACCUUCAAAGUGGCAACCAGGAAGCAUCAAACUUUCAUCACAGGAGCUUUCAUCUUUUCCGGGUUUAUUUAUCCUCCAAAACAACUAAAACGCUGAAAACAUACACAAGCACCGAUUUUUUACCCUGAUUUUCCAAAUAGAACAACUCCCCAAUGUAGCUGAUUUUACAAGUAGAACAAGUCCUACAAUGAAAUACGAAAAACAAAGCGAAGCCUGUGUUUGGUAAAGAGACGAUCUUGAUUUGCAUUUGUCAUUGAAAAAUUUUGACUUUCGCUUCGAACGAAAAAGGUUUUUCUCCGCGGCAUCCUGCUCUAAGGCCGUAGCUUUAGCGUUUGUUAGUCACGAAGGAAAUCAAUUUCAUAACAAGUACGGUCUCGUCCUCUUCUACAUUUCUUACUGCCUUUGUAAAAGAGAAAUAGCAGCAGUAUAGAAUUAGAGUACAACCUUUGUGGUCGGUGCCGACCGUUCAUCACAAUUGAGUAGUGGUCAACAUCCACGGAUCUAAAUUCUGUGUAUUGUCGGAAAAAAAAUGGCCCGCAGCUUCUUUCGUCGCGUCCUUGCAGCUUCCGCCAGUGGAGGUUGCGUGUCUGUCUACAACUUUCACGCGGCGCUGCUGGGAGGACAAGGAACUUCUGAAACGAUUCCAAGUACUAGUUACUUUUCGCCGGUUCUGGCCGCCUCGCCAGGAUCGUGGCCCGGAAGCAGCAGCGAUCCCGAAUUGCGUACGUCUCGUCAUAGAUCCACGUCGUCGCGCGCCUCGUCGGCGUCUCGUCAUGAACAAGGGAAAAGGGCGCCGUCUCGUCCUAGAUCCACGUCGCGCGUGGGACCACGCGGAGAAGGUGAGAACGCGGUUGGAGGUGGACCGAUUACGCUUUCCACAGUCGUCGCGCAAUACCCUUUGCCACACACAACUCUUCCAUCAUGCGACGGCCUGUUUGGCGGGAAAGAGGAAAUAAACACAGCUGGAGGCUGUACUACACCGAUUCCGAUUUCCAUCAGCGACAGCCUGUCCGGGGGGAAAGAUGGAACAAAUGCGGCUCGCAAACCGAUUCCUAUUUCCAUCAGCGAGGCCGUGUCUCGCCCUUGCGGCAAGGUUAGCCGGAUUGAAGCGAUCCACAGACGACUUGGCGACUGGGCUAAAAAAGGCCGCGUUGAGGACGCAGAAAGCCUCUUCAACAGCAUGCAAGCCGUAGGCCUGUGGCCGCAUGUCGACGCUUACUUCGCGCUCAUGAGCGCUUACGCAAAACGUGGCGACGCUGAAGGCGCAGAGCGUGUUCUGGAAAGGAUGGAGCUCGCAGGCCUGAGCCCGAUCCGCGUUAGCAGCAGCGACCAACAGAUCUUCCAAGGGCAUAACUUACAGCGCCGCGAUCAGAUCUACAGCGCCGUCCUAGACGCAUACACGAAAAAUGGCAACGCUGAAGGCGCAGAGAGGGUCCGGCAAAAGUUGGCCGCUUUUUAUGCCACCGCGAUACAGUACUCACGCGAAAAAGGACAGCCCUGCACGCUGCCAGGGCUCGCCAGCGUGCUGCAGCGCGCAGGCUUCCGCCCGGACGUUACCAGCUACAACGCCCUGAUUGGCGCGUACGCCGAGCGAGGCGACGCCGUGGGCGCUGGGAGCACUUUUGAAAGGAUGAAGAGCGCAGGCGUGGCGCCGGAUAUCGCCACGUACAACACUCUCUUGCAAGCGCACGUAAGAAAAGCGCGCACAUCGAUUGGCGAUACGGACGCCCGCAAGGGCAUUAGGGAGGUCUUGGACUUGAUAUCUGCGGACGAAAACGUGGAGAAAGACGAACACACCCAGAGUUUGAUAAGUGACUACUAUCGGGUCUGUACGCGGCACGUGAAAACUCUUGAAAUCCCUUCAGAGGCACACGACCCCGCCCCGGCGACUGUUCAGCCUUAAUUAGUUUUGCCAAAUUAAGUAUUUUGUAUUUUGUUGUUUUUUUUUAAGUACAUUGUUUUUUCAAAAGGUAUGCAUGUAGGGAUUGCAUUAGUUUUGAUUUUAUCAAAUUGCCGUUCUUAGAUAAAAAUGCGACCUACUUGUAUGAUUUUGAGACCGGUACGUGCUGAGGCCCAGAUUUUUAAACACGAUGGCACGGUGAAGGUUAGAUUUUUAGCGUCGGGCAUACCCUCGGGGAAAACAGGGGGCCCCCGCCCUCCCGCCUCUCGCCCGCUCGGUAGCCUCCCCACAGGGGGGCCCCCGUCCCCGGCUCCCGCCCUCCGUCCCGCCCGCAGGGGGGGCCCCGCCUCCGUCUUUCACUGCCCACUUACAGGGGGCCCCCGCCUCCUUGAUCGCCCCCCCGCACAACCUUUCGCCCGCUGGGCAUCGCGGGGCGCCGACCGCUGGCACCGCGCCUGCAGGGGGGCCUCUGCCUCCUUCUUUCACUCCCCGCGUCCCUGCAGGGGGGCCCCCGUCCCCGGCUCCCGCCCCCCCCGCCCGCAGGGGGCAUCCCGCCUACAGGGGGCCCCCGCUUCCUUCUUUCACCGCUCACGCGCAGGGGGCCGACGCCUCCUUGCCCGUCCCCCCUCGCACCCUUUCGCCCGUUGGGGGUCCGCCUGCAGGGAGGCCCCCCUGGCUCCCGCCCUUCCGGCCGCUGGGUACCGCUCGUGCAGGGGGGCCCCCGCCUCCUUGCUUGCGCGCAGGAGGCCCCCCCGCCUCCUGCGGGCUGCCGGCCGAAAGCGGCCUCCUGCCCUCCCGCGGGGGGCCCCCGCGGCUCUUCUUGCCCACAAGGGGGCCCCGCCUCCCUGCCGCCCCCGCCCGAAGGGGGCCCCCACUUCCGCCGUAUCAGGUCCGGAACGGGCCUCCACCUUCUUAGUUACCUGCCUGAAAGGGGAAAGUUUGGGGGGGCCCAUUGUCCUGUUCGUUUGGAUUUCCUGUUCGGUUGGAUGGUUGCUGCCUUGCUGGCCGACUCCGCCCGUUUUUCGCCGCGGGCACGCAAGGGGCCGCCCACUUGCGGCGCGCCCGGCUUUCGGGCCCCGCCCGCAUGGGUGGUUGGGGGGGGAGUGUUGUGGGCUGCCCGCUGGUCCGCUAUCGCGAAGGGGUGGUGGAACUGCAACUAUUGUGCCCGCGGGCCUCAACACGGACCUAACCAGUGCGGGGCUUGUGUGUGUUGGGCACAGCUAUUGCGCCCGCGGGCCUCACCACGGACCUAACCACUGCGCUGCCUGCUUCUGUUGGGCGGCUGGCCGGUCCCCUCGUUGGUGACUGUUCUGGAAGUGGUCCGCUCGUCCUCCCGGGGGGCCGCAACCGCACUGGGCGGGGCGCCCGCGCGCGGCGCCGACGGGCGUGAAAGCGUGCCCAGCAGUAGUGUUGUUGCGCGGGUUGAAGGGAAAGAGAGGGGCGUUGGCAAUAUUGUAUUGCGAAGGCGGGCUGGGUGAUUGGUUGUCAAUGCGGCAGUUGUCAAGUUGGUUUGGUUGGUUGUCAAUACGCCAGAGCGACAGCUCUCACUCGGGGCCGCGCGUUGUCGCUCUGGCGUAUCGUUGUCUUUCUGGCCGGCGUAUUGACAACCAACCACGACAGUAUGUAUAUGGCGCACAGUGACAACCACAAGAACCCGAGAGACAUUCCGCGCGACAGGCAAAGACCAGCAGUGCGGUGGGGAAUACUGCCCGCAUGCGCCGCCACACGCACUACGCGCGCGGGAAAAUAUUGACUGCAGACGCUGGCGCCACCAUGUGCCAGGGCACGCAGUGCGCUGAGCAGUCGGCGCCGUGCUGUUAGGACGUGCGGACUCCGACCCGCGUCGGCGAGGGCAGCCAAGGUAAAAGUAGACACGCGCGCGGGCGAUAAGCGGAAACACUGCCCACAUGUGCCGCGGUGCGGGUCGCGAUUCCCAAACGUUGCGGUCGCGACCGACAAACCACGGAAACCGACUCCGGUCGGAAGCCGGCGCGUGCCGCCGCGAUUCGAGAUAAAGUCGCAGCGCUUGUUCCGAUUUGUGUCACGGCGAGACACAUCGUGAAAAAAAGGCCGCGCCGUCGUGAUUCGGCUGCGCGACUCGUGCGAAAUAUCGUGGAAAAUCAGGACAAAGCAACUCCGCAAACAGGGCCCGUAGCACCGCGAUUCGCGACGCAAUUGUUAGGCUUUUGCACUAUUUUUUGCACGGUGCAAAAACUCGUGCAAAAGAGGUCCUACCACCGCGAUCAGCAUAGAAAACAAAGCAACUUUUGCACGAUUUUCACCAGUUUCGCGACAAAUCCCGGGCUUCGGGAAAUCCCGGGAUUCCGGAAAGACGUGAGUAAAAGACAAAAGCAAAAACCCGAAGACUUGGAAGGGCCAACCCGCAUGGUAUGGCGCGCGUAGGCUACUGAAAUCCUUAUAGUUUCGCAGUGUAACAAAAGCCGUUCCACGAGGGCACCGCGCCCGGGUAUAUACGCAAGGUUUGACCCCAAUCACGAUGGUAGUGCAAAUAAUUCUGGGCCUCAGCGCGUACCGUUCUGAUGAUUUUUUACAAAAUUAUAGAAAGAAUUGCGUGCAUAUGCAUUGAAAAAUGAUAUCAACAUAUCAAAAAUAAAGAAAUUUUUUUGGAACGGGAAUCAGUGCAAACGUGGAGAUAUCUAGUAACAAAGGACUGGAACAUGUGAGAGGCUGACACCCAGGACGACCAGGUCAUCCAGGGCCGUAGGCUUUGAGCGUGAUUCUGGGUCUUGAUACUCAAAGCAAUAUUUUAAAACUUGGCUCGGUAGAAGUAUCAUCGGCAAAGACAUGUGGUAGCUUCCGAGGAAGCAAGAUGAGACUGAGAGUACAAAAAAGUUGUAGAACUACUUGAGUCGGCGUUGUGCUAUACAGAUCGUACAGCACAGCUAUCGAAUCGCUCACAACCGAACGAACACUACUAGCACGAAAAACACGAAAGACCGAUGCUAAGGGAACCAUUCAGACGCAUUACAGAUAUUUCGUUAUCAUUCAGAAGGGAGAAGCUGCAGUGAUUAUUUGAAUCGCAGACCUCGAUGCAAGAGAAGCAAGGGGAUAAAACGCGAUUUUGAGAUGUUGUGAUAGUUUUGCAAUUAUUGUUUUGGAAAAAUUCGAGUAAGGAAAAAAAACGACCAGGCUUGAAAAAUAGAAAAUCACGAAGACUUUUCCACUUUUCAAAACUCAGUGCUGACAGGAC